AUGGCUAAACGCAGCAAGAUGGCUAAGCACCGCGAGGCGACUAACCUCCGAUACGACAAAAAGGACCGCGUCGAUAUGAUACACCGGGGCUACGCUACCCAUGCAAGAUCUCUCACUUUCUGGAAGCCCAUGGGAUUCCUAAUGUGCUCUGGGCUUGUGAUGAAUAUGUUUCUUAUUCCCGUCGUUCCAGAUGGCAUCUACUUUGUCGUUCCCGAUGAACAUAUCGACAAAGCACGCGACAUCCUGGUGGAAGCCGGCUUCCCCCCCUGCCAGCUGGGGAAGUUUUGCGGUUUCGAUUGGCCUAAAUCCUUCCAUGGGAUUCCCUCUGCGCGCUUCAACAUCGUGGACCAAGGCCCCUUGAACUACAGCAGACCUGAGUUAUACGGCCCAGAUCCCCGGGAGUGGUACAGCCUGGAACUUUACAAGAAGUCUGAGCUGAUGUGGGGAGCGCCUGAGAUCCCACUUGGCCCACCUGCUCCGAACAACCCCGACUACUGGACGAUCAAUGAUGAGCGUCUUCCAGAAGUCGCCAGGGGACUCCAUCAAGGCCGUGUGGUUGAGGCGGAUUAUCCAGUUAAGAUCCCCUCGCCAGCGCGCUAUGCGGAGAUGCUGACCCUUCUGUACUUCCGGGACAAUCAUCCGGAGGAAACUUUCAGAGGGAGCUUCUGGGAGGUUUUGAUGAUCGACAUGCAAACGGUGCUGAAGAAGCACCGCCUCUUUACUUUAAGUGAUCUUCCGCCUCGUACUCGCAGCUGGUGGAAAAUUCUGACCAAAAACAUACGCGAAAGAACGCAUGGGGAUGCCGAGGAAAGGUUUGGCGACGAGAUGAAGAAGGCAGGCGAAGUGCCCGAGAAAAGUCCCUGGCCGUCACAACGUACAAUGCCCGAUGGAUGGCGUGAAGAGCUUAAACGGUUGGAGGAGGAAGAGGAGAGGAGAAAGAAGAGGAAGGAGGAGCAGGAGGAAGAGCAGCUGAGGAAGAACAAAGAAAAGGUGAAAGAGGAGCAGAAUGCGUGA